AUUACAUGAUCUCCCCUAAAGCAAUCUUUUUAAAUUGAUGUCGCCUGUGUAUUUCGAAGAUGGAUUUCAAGUACCGCUUUCAGUGCAUGCCAUGUUGUUGAAUUGCCACAUGUUAGGAAAUGAAUCGAGCAUACUACAAGUCGAUGGAUACGCUUUGGUUCAGAAUUUGCCUGCAGCAGUAGCAGGAGGUCCUGCGGGACCACCAAAGGGGGAAAAAACGAAAGUUAGUAACACCAGUGCCUCCUAUAGGAGCCGGACCUCAAGCACCUGAUAUGGACGAGGACGAAUUGGCCGAACUUUUAGGAUUUGCUGGAACUGACGAGUCUACGGCAAAGAAUUCAGAACGUCGAAAAGCUAGUGUCAUAAUGUUUGGCAUUGACACAAUGUCCAGUGUGAAUGUUAGACGCAUGAUGCCUAACACAUUAAAGUUUCUGAAACAGCCCGGUUGGUAUGAGAUGCAGGGCUACAAUAAAGUGGCGGAUAACACAUUUCCCAAUUUAUUGGCAGUGCUCAGCGGUUAUUCGACGACGACAGCGAAGCAGAAGGUCUGCAAUAUUGAUGUCAAAGGAUGCUUAGACAAGUUUCCCUUCAUUUGGAAAUAUUUGAAGAAAGCAGGUUAUUUGACAGCUUAUGCAGAAGAUGCAAGCUAUAUAAACACAUUUACACUGAGGAGACCGGGAUUUGAACAUCUGCUUUUUAUGCAGGCAUUUGAAAGAAAAUUGCAAAGUUGGAAAUGUGCGAAUUGCACAAUGGAUUAUUGCUAUGGAAGACGUUUGCAGAGUAGCUACGUCUUUGAUUACAUGAGAGAAUAUGCAAGUCGAUAUGUAGCCAAGCGACCUGUUUGGGGACUCUUCUGGUCGAGCAGCUUUACACACGAUGACUUCUUGUUGGCCUCUAAGAUGGACAACUAUAUUCUUCAGUACUUCAAGGACUUUGAGGCAGAUGGAGUGUUGGCUGAAAACAUUGUGAUCUUUUUUCUCUGA